AUGCAGCUCGCGACAAUGAAAGCCUGCGCCUUGUCGCUCGCCCUUGGUCUCGCGCCCGCCGUUGACGCUUCUGCUCUCCACCGAGACCUUCACUACCAAGCCCGCCGACAAACGCACCUGCACCAACAGCAACACCGAGCUCUUGAGAGCCCCCCCAGCUCCGUCUCUCCCCUCGUCAAGCGUAGUACCUGCGCUUUUCCCACCGACGACCCCAACCUCGUUGCCGUUACCUCGGACCAGAAGAAUGCUGGUUGGGCCAUGAGCCCCGACCAGGCCUGCGAGCCAGGCCACUACUGCCCCAUCGCCUGCCAGGAGGGCAUGGUUAUGAACCAAUGGGACAAAGACUCGACCUAUGUCUUCCCUUCCUCCAUGAAUGGCGGUCUCUACUGCGACCAGGACGGCGUCAUCAAGAAGCCCUUUGAAGGUAGACCCAACUGUGUCCACGGUACUGGCGCCGUCAAGGCCGUCAACAAGUGCUCCGGAACCAUGUCUUACUGCCAGACCGUUCUGCCUGGCAACGAAGCCAUGCUUAUUCCCACCGUCGUCGACUCCAUCUCAACCCUGGCCGUUCCUGAUACCUCGUACUGGCAGUCCACCGCUGCCCACUACUACGUCAACUCCCCCGGUGUUGGUGCUGAAGGAUGCAUUUGGGGUACCGCCUCCAAGGCAGUCGGCAACUGGGCUGUAUUUGUCGCCGGUGCCAAUACCGAUGCCAACGGCCAGACUUUUGUCAAGAUCGGCAUCAACCCUGUUUGGAAGGACUCAAGCCUUUGCAGCACCAAGCCCGACUUUGGUCUCAAGAUUGAGUGCCCUGAUGGUGGCUGCAACGGCCUUCCAUGUGAAAUCACGAGCAACCUUGAAGUCAAGAGCAAUCAAGCCGCUUUUGGCGCUGGUGAAGCUCCUUUUUGCGUCGUUACUGUUGGAAAAGGCAAGACGGCUCACAUUGUAGCAUAUGAUGGCUCAGGCGGCCACACUUCGGGUCCUGUUGCCAAUGCUGCCGCCGCCCAGGACUCUUCUCCCUCUUCUUCCUUGUCAAUCGCCUCCGCGAGCUCUGAGACGCCGCCGCCGCCGCCGCCGUCUACCACCUCUACUCCCAGCCCUACUCCUUCGCCCACACCUACCAGCACGAGCACUCCUACCAGCACUCCUACCAGCACCCCCACGAGCACUCCCACCAGCACUCCCACCAGUACUACCACCACCAUCAGUACUCCCACUACCAUCAGUACUCCCACUACCAUUAGCACUCCCACCACCACCAGCACACACUCUUCUACUCCCAGCUCAACUCAUAUAACCACUACGACUACAACUACCAACACAACCACUGUCAAGACUACCUCGUCUACCACCAGUCAGACUUCCUCUAUGAAGCCUGGUGUUUUCCACGAGGAGAAAAACAGCACUGCCACCCAGACCUCCAACAGCACCUACACAGGAUUUCCUCCCAAGACUACUCCCACCACCAAGGACAAGAAGAACGAGGCUGGACGUCAGCAUGGCAGCACUGCUAUUGGUGGACUUAUUAUUGCGCUGGUCGUCGCUGCUUGCUUUUACUAG